UCAGCUACAUGCCGACUCCAACAAUUUCUUCCGAAAGAGCCAUGCGACGUAGCCAGAAAGAACUUCUGAAGAAUUAUGUUGAGGGUGAAAUGGUUGCUCUGCAAUUUUCGAGCUCCAAAGCAGAUGCAAUUGCUGGUUAUAUUCUUCAAGAUGCACCCUUUGUGAGAAUAAAUGAUGUUUGCACCAUGACCUUCGACUACCUUGACCGACUGGAUCUGACAAACUCACUCACGUGGCAUAACGGCGUAAUCCCGGAUAAUGAAAUAUGGGUGAAGUUCGGCGGGGACAAGGGUGGAUCAUCGUUCAAAAUGGCCUUCCAAAUCAUCAAUGUAGUUCAUCCCAACAGCUUAAAGAACACAGUCACUUGUGCAUGCUUUUGUGGAGAUGACAGCUACUACAACCUGAUUAAAACUCUUCUCUUUUAA